CAUGUGGCGUGUUUUAAGAUUUCGGUUACUAAUUUCGCGUUCCUUUUGCGUUAAAGCAGAUAAUUGCGUUAAAUCGGAGGCGAGAAAAAAUCCCGGCACACGCAUAAGAGAGGGAAAAGCAGAAAUAAUAUUAACUCAAGAUGCAUUCUAUAAUCCUGUGCAGGAGUUCAAUAGGGAUUUAAGUGUUGCCGUUAUCAAAGAAUUUAUUAAGAAUUAUGUACCAAAAAAUAUUAAAUGUUUAAAUAAUGAUGUUGCAGAUGGAGGCAGUAAGGGCAGAAUUCAUAUUUUAGAAGCUCUGGCAGCUUCUGGAUUGCGAUCCAUCAGAUAUGCUAAAGAGAUUCCGGGAGUCAGUACCGUGACAGCAAAUGAUAGAUCCGAAACUGCGGUGGAAGAUAUUAAACAAAAUAUUAAACUGAAUGAAGUGGAUCAUACUGUCAUACCAAAUUGUGAAGAUGCUGUGCUAUUGAUGUAUAAGCAUAGAAGUUUCCAAAAUCAGUUUCAUGUAGUCGAUUUGGAUCCUUAUGGGAGUCCUUCGUCUUUUCUUGAUGCUGCUGUGCAGUGCAUUUCUGACAAAGGUCUGCUGUUGGUGACUUGUACGGAUACAGCAAAUUUGUGUGGACGCUUCAGAAGAAAGUGUCAUGCCAUUUACGGAUCGCUCUCACUUCGAAUGUCGAGCUGCCACGAGAUGGCACUAAGAAUAAUUCUUCGGAGUAUCGAACUUCAUGCCAAUCGCUAUGGUCGUCACAUAAUGCCACUUGUCUCCGUGCAUGCAGAUUUCUACAUUAGGGUAUUCGUAAAAGUCUGCAAGAGCCCUAACAAUGCAAAUAAAAGCAUAGAAAAAUUGGCAAUGGUUUAUAAUUGCACUGGUUGUGGAACCUUUCAUUUGCAACAUUUGUCAGAGACCAUGGAUGGAGAGGAAAUUCCUGUGUUGCCGCAACCACCUCCAGCAUUGUGUGAGCAUUGUGGAUGCAAGUUUCAGUUGGCGGGACCAAUUUGGACAGAUAAUCUCCACGAUAAAGAUUUUGUUGGUGAACUUUUGAAGACCGUGAAAAGUGAAAAGAAUAAUUACGGCACAACCGAAAGAAUGAUAGGCAUUCUUUCAGUCAUUUCCGAGGAACUAGAUAAUUGUCCUCUGUAUUAUCGUUUACCACAUUUGCUAUCUGUCAUUGCCUCCUCUCAGCCAAGUCUCUUCACAUUCAGGUCUGCAUUACUAAAUGCCGGCUACCGAGCUUCUCUAUCUCACACCUGUAGAGAUUCACUAAAGACGGAUGCCCCGAGCGAGGUCAUCUGGGACGUGGUGAGAAGUUGGGCAAAACUAAACCCAGUUAAGAGAGAUAUAACUGGUACUCCAGGAGAAGCCAUACUCAAGAAAAACAUUAAUACACCGAUAAAUUUUGAUCCUCAUCCGGAAGCGGAGCCGUUGUCUAGAUCUCUGAAACUUGUGAGAUUUCAGCAUAAUCCCAAACCUCACUGGGGACCAAAAACCAAAAUUAAACAAAGGAAAAAAGACAAAAGUUGAAUAUCGUAGAACAUGAGUCAGUCAUUAAGAAUAAUGAUUUCCCAGUAAGUGCUUCUGUAGCAAGGAUAUGUUGUGGCAUUUAACGAGUCGCAAAAUGCAGAGAUUCCACUGACGUCACCUCUUUUUAAACCCAUACUUUUUCCGCUCAUAAAACAGAUCGGUCUUCGAGCUUCCUAGGUUGACUAUCUUCGGACAGCCGUCUCUCUGCAAUUAAAAGUAAAAUAGUUAAAACAGAGCACAGACAAUAAUCAAAUGUCCUUAUUACGAGUAUCAUCAUUCUUAAUUUAUUUACAUUUGUAAUUUAGCAAGUAUGCUUGUCCUAAGGAAAUAAAAUAAAUUUAAUGUACGAAAUUUAUGAUGCAUUCUAUUUACAUGAAACUACUUUGAAUUUUUAAUGCUAUUUAAAAUGGAAGAAGAGACAGAAGUAGCCAUGCCAGACACAAUAAAAACUGAUAAUUGGUUACGGCAUGAGUUACACCACCUUAAAAUAAACUGCAACCUUUUUUCACUUGCCAGUGCAUAUAAAAACCUAAUAUUACUAAAAAUGAGUGUAUACUAGCAUUAGAUCUAAAUGAAACAAAAACCCAAAACUCUCAUUAUUUAAAAGCAAGGCAAGUGCCAAACAGAAAUAUAUGGCAGAGUUCCAUACAAUGCGAAGGAUACGUUCUGCGUUACAGAAAAUCACAUUAUCAAGACAUGUAUUAUCAGACUAUUUUACUCAAGUUUAAACUUAGGCAUAGAAGUUGAAGAAGAAACUGUAUACCUGUGGACAACAAAACAAAGUUUGUGCGAGUACUAGUUGCAAUUCUUUCACUGCAUUACUGGGGAGCACAUUAUACAGGAGUUCACCAUAAUUGAAAAGCAUCAUAUAGAUUGAGUAAACUGAUGUAAAAUCAAGGAAACUAUAAAUGAAAAUGGAUUUAUGCUAUAAAAUUAUAUCUAACUAGUCAUAGCACCUAGUGUUGUCCUAAGAAAUGUAAUAAAAAUGCCAUAAUUUCAUUUUAGUAGAAAAUAGCAUGUAAUUAACACUACAAGCACAUGGUCUGUGUAACGUAAACAAAGCCUACAACCAUUAACCAAACUUAAGUCUAAACGAAUAAAACCAAAGUGGUCUAUAUCAACCCCUAGGGGUCGACUCUGAACUGCAAGGGGUCCAUGUCAGCAAAAACAAACAUUGGGGAUGCACGAGAUGUAAAUGGGGAUUCACGAGAAUGGAUCCCACUUAAUCAGGUCGUGACCAAAAUUUUGGCUUUCCAUAAAUCGAAUAAUUCACAUAACACAGAUAUUAAGUUGUUAUGUAGUUACAUAAUACUUUCUUAUAAUAGACAUAUAAAUUACCUAUGAAGUAAAAAUUUUUAAAACAUAAAUGAUUAUGAAGCAUGAAGAUUUGGAGCUAGAUUUGGAAAACUAUGACUCCAUGCUUUAAUCAUGGGAAAAUUCCGAGACUGAUGAUGAGAUCUUUUUCCGACGACAGGUCAAACCAACAACUUAAUUGCUUUGAAUUUUAAUUAAUGCUAAUUGUUAGAAUAUUCUCUUGACUUCAAUCAACCUAUUUCAUUUUA